UCCACUUCGCUUCGCGCGUCAUACACAAGCCGGGUGCCUUGCCUACAACAACCUGCGUUUAACCAAAGAGACCACGACCUACAAACUUAACAGUACUAUAACUUCUGUGGCAUUAACUGUAUGGAUCAUUGAAUAUCAUUGGAUAUCCAAAGUUGGAAAGAUGGCGCGCUGGCAAAGUAGAUUUUUGUUGUGUGUGGCGUGGUGCUGUUACCAGACCUGGGCCUACCCUGGACCUGGUCUGAACCCUGGACUGAACCGGACUCGACGGGCUGUUCACUGUAACACAGAUCUGGAGUAUCUCCAUGGAGACCUCUGCUGCAGGAACUGUCCAGCCGGGACUUAUCUGAAGACUCCAUGCUCCAGCUCAGGGGGACACAGUGAGUGUGAGGAGUGUGGCCCGGGCACAUACACUGAGCUGGGACAUGGGCUGAAGAAGUGUCUGAGCUGCUCCCUCUGUCGCCCAGAUCAGGAGGUUGUGCAUCAGUGUAUCUCCACUCACAACACGGAGUGCCAGUGUAAACCAGGAGGAUUCUGUGCUCCGGACCAGGCCUGUGAGAUCUGCAAGAGAUGUGCACGAUGUGGAGAAGAUGAGAUUGUUGUGAGAAACUGCACUCCCACCAGUAACACGGAAUGCAAAAAGAAACCCCCAGACCCCGAGCAAGCAUCAGACCCGAGAGCUUUGUAUAUAUUCUUUGGCCUGGGUUUUCCUCUCUGCCUAAUUUUUGUUGUUCUGCUGGUCGUCUGUGCUCUUCGAAGAAAGCAGAAGACAUCAGACUCUGGAAGCAGCUCAGCUGAUCAGACAACGGGUUGCAAUGGCACGGAGGCGUCUCUGGGCCCGUCCCCUCGCUGCUGGAGCCUGGUGAGGUCUAAGCUCCCUGUGGUGGAUCUGGAGGAGCAGAGAGGCCUUUGUGAAGCCCCUGCCUCUACCUCCAACUCCCAGGACAACCUGAUCACCAGCCUGCCCCUGUACACCUGCUCUGCUCCUGCCCAGUCCAGCUGUGCUCCUGCCCUAACGCUUCCCUACACCAGGAUUGAAGAACCACAGUUCAACAUUGUUCCUGUGAAUGGACAAGUCUCUCUCAAGAGCUGCUUUGAAUUCUUCGAGGAGCUGGACGUUCACUACCACAACCGCUUCUUCCGCCAUCUUGGCCUUUCGGACAACGUCAUCAAAAGCAAAGAGUCCCUCGUGUACGUGGACCGCGUGCACGACCUGCUCUACCUCUGGAUGGAGAAACGCGGCAGAGAAGCCAGUUUACAAGACCUCCUGAAAGCUCUGAUGGACCUGAACCAGAGGCGAACAGCGGAGAUCAUAGUGGAGCGCGCGGUCGGAGCUGGACACUUUGUCUAUGAGUGACCACAAUGAGCAUAUGGAGAUUUUCAUCAAGAGUCCACAUAUGCCAUACUUUUCCGAAAAACAAAGGCAUUAUUGAGUUAACGUGCAGGUAGAGUGCUGUACGCAUUGAUGACUCUUCAGAGAAAGUUGGUCUACCUAAGAUUGUGAAACUUAGUGAAGCAAAACCAAGGCUGAACAGGAGGAAUUAGGUCCAAACCAGGUCUCCACUAAGAUCGACUCUGGCUUAUUUAGAAUAAACAACUAGAAGGAAUGUAUUCACCAAUGAAAGACUUAAACCUGAACCAGGACCAAACCAGGACUAAAAAGACUAAAAGAGAGAACAACAGACUGUUAACGUCACAUAUGAACAGUUCUUCAGAAUAACUAUAACAUAAACAACAGAAUAGAACAAGUUUACCAAACUCUCCAUCUCACUCCAAAUCACUAAAUCCAUUUAAUUCUUCAUCCUUGGUGUCACUUCUGUGCGACCUCCAGAGAUAAACCGUAAAUCCAUGAUGACUUCAGGAAAGUUGCACUGUGGACACGCCCGGUUACCGUGAAGCUGUGUUCUUUAUCCCCACUUUCCGCCAGUCAAUCACAAGUUUCUCGCUCACUUCAAACUUUUUCUGCUGCUCGAAUACCUUUUUUGGCUGCAUGUUUCACUACUUGCAGCAGGACAGAGGCUCUUUCUGCAGGAGACAUGCACAUUAGAGUGAAGUGACAGUGGUACAGGAGUAAUAGUAGUACUAGAUACUGACACACAAGACUAGAGCCUCUCGCUGCUGUCAGGGUGAACAUUUUAAUAUAUAAGUUGCAGGAAACACCCAAACCAUUAAAAAAGUGCCACUUAUAGUCUGAAAAAUAUGGUAAUUGACAUUUUGAUAUUUUUGAACAUUUUAAACCCAGACCAAACCAAGCAUAAUUUGUGGGAGACACCUUCUGGUUUUGGCGAUUGCAAAUAUGAGCUAAGUUCAAAUGUAGACCUCUGCAUUAACAUGUACUGAAUGUAUUGUUUUCUGUUUACAGAGAGCAUAUGAAAAUGUGUCAAACUGAAUUUUUAUAUACGAUUACUUGAAAUUAAUGUCAUACUUUUGUGUUGUUUUUUUUUUUGUAUUUUCACACUAUGUAUUUAUACAAGUUUAUUUAUAUGUGGAUGUUUUUGUGUGUUUUGUACAUAUUUUUGUCAUUUUUUGUGUUGAUCAGGAAUAAGAAUUUUUUUUUUCUCUUACUACUGAAUGUUCCUUAGUGGCAUACUGCUUGGAAAACGAAAGUAAUAGUUUCAUGUGGUACAAUACAUUCAGUCAUAUUUUGAAAUGAUUGAAAAGUUGAGAGGAAAUCAAUUGUUUAUUUCUUUACAUUUUCAAACCAGGCAUUCUAGCUUUUUUCCUUCCAGUGAAAAUGCGUUCUGAGUAGGACAUUUAAGUCUAACAUCAACUAAAAACAAGUACCACAUACAACUCUUAAAAAAUGUAAACCAAAUCUAGAGAAAGCCUCAUGUGCCAUACUUUUGAAUCCGUUCUGUUGGAGUUACAUUAUUAACCGUGACUGUUUGCACUGGCAAUGGUCAUGGUUCAGUUACUUGAGAGUGAGAAUAUUUGAGUUUUUCUUAGGUACGCAUGAGAUCUGUAUGUGAAUUAUGAAUGUCAAACUUUAAAGACCAUUAAAAAGAAUGUUUAUAUAUG